CGAGCGGGUAGCGGCUAGGCUACACUAAAGGGUAGGCAGUCUUAAUCCAGGAAUGCCGAUAUCCAGCAGAUUUUCCAUCCUACCUGGUCUCUGAUGAACCACUCCUGAUCUCAGGCAGAUAGUAACUCAUCAGUCAGGAGCCUCUUGGAAGUCUGCCGUGCUAUGGCUGAACCGAUGGAGAGCAAUUUAUUUGACAUCCCGGAUUAUGAAAACACGGAGGAUGAGGCAUUUCCCCCGUUCCCGCCCCCGCUGUCCCCAGGACAGGAUGAUGGAGAGGGGGACGCUGUGGUUAAUGGAAAUGGAGAGAUGGCAGAAGCUCCAGGUGCCAAGAGAAGAUUCGUGAGGCGGCCCCAACCCAAGCUGAACGCCCAGAGGCUCACCUCCGAAAGGGGACUUCCAGCCCUCCGGACCUUAUUUGACAGCGUGAAAUUCAAGGGCAAAGGACACGAGACCGAAGACCUCCAGCUGCUCAUGCAAAAAAUGGAGAACUGGGCUCACCGCCUGUACCCCAAGCUACAGUUCGAAGACUUCAUCGACAGACUGGAGACUCUAGGAAGUAAAAAGGAAGUGCAGACCUGUUUAAAACGAAUACGCCUGGACAUGCCACUAAUGCAUGAGGAUUUUGUUAGCAGAGCAGGGGAAGAGGAGGAGGGCAUAUCAACAGAGGGCGCUACGCCCAAUGAGCCAGACCCAUUUGGAGACUAUAGCUCUACAGAAUCCGCCCCGUUAUCCUCCACAUCGGCAGCAGCCCCACUCACGGAGGAGCAGAGGCGUCGCAUUGAGCUCAACAAGCAGCUAGCUUUGGAGAGAAGACUGGCACGGCGGCAGGAGGGAGCGUCCCAGCUAGGCGGCCCCCGGGCCGCUGCGGAGGAACCCUCCAGCUUUUCAGCCCCUUCUCCCACUGGGGACGACGGGGAGUCCGGUGUGAGGGAGGAUGUACUGCCGCAAGACUCGCUGCAGCCUGGGGAGGACGCAUCCGCACCGGUACCUGCAGACAGACCCGGCCAUGAUGGCAGCGACUGAUUUCAGGUGCCUUCUGAGUCACCUGCUGGAAUGUUGCCAAAACAUCUGAGCGUGCAUAGAAACGAUCUUGCAAUUCUCCAACGAAUGCGAUAACUCAGAGCUUGUGUCCAGUUCCCUUCAAAUUUGCUGGCUGCCUGAAAUCCUCAGUAGUACAUGGGUAUUUUUGCGAGGAGCAGCUGAGUGUGGACUUUAGUACAUUCCACUUACACCCCCCCCCCCCCCCCCCCCCCCCCCCUGCUGGCCCCUCAUCAUUGUUCCCACACCGGCAUCCUGAAAGCAGACACUGGUACUUUGAAGAGCUUCUCCUACACAGUGAAACUCACUGUAGGUGCUCAAUGAUAAAUGAUAUCUUAGUUUUCUUUUCACAUUAAAUUCAUUUGUAAGUUUUUGUCUUUUUAAUGUCAAAUAAAAUACAUUUUGUUCUAACCUUUAA